GCAAAGUUCAGCAUCCUGCUCACCAUGAAGCUUUUCAAGACAAUCGCUUUUGUACAGCUGCUUUGCUUCCAGGUGAGAGCGAUGGCACAGAACAACACCAUUGAGCUUGCCAUAAUGAACAGUGUCGAGCAAUCUUACGGUCAAUUCUACUACGCCAACAUCACCGUUGGCACCCCUGGCCAGUUACAGACCGUGCUCGUCGACACUGGAAGCAGUACCACCAUCUUUCUAGCACCUGACGCAACUCUCUCCAACAAAUCCUCCAACUUCUCACACACUUUCAACCCACUCGGGUCCGAAACGUUCAAAACUGUCCAUCCUGGAGCUCUUGAGGCCUUGUACGGCAAUUUGUGGAGUAUGCUUGGCGAUUUUGUCUCAGAUGUCGUUCAAAUGGGCGACAUUGUAGUCAGCGACGUCCAAGUAGGACUUGCCCACGACAUCAACUGGGGCCAUCCUCCAUACACAGGAAUGUUGGGACUUGGCUACUCCAGCAGAGAGGGUAUCGAUUUUAUGAUGCAACGAAGGAAGAAAGUGCCGAACCAUCCCUCCCUUAUCGAAACCCUGGUCAAAGCCAAAGCCAUAUCUUCACGACUUUUCAGCAUUUAUCUCAACACCCUUGAUCAUUACGGCUCAAUACUGUUUGGUGGGGUCGAUACUGCAAAGUACAAGAAUCCGCUAACUACACUCAAUUGUCUGAAUGAUGAAGGUGUGGUCAACAAUUGGGACCUGACUCUGCAGGAGGUCACAAUGCAACCCUAUGGCGGACCGAAUCAGACACUACUUCGCUCAACAAAGGACAGACCUCUCACAACAUUGCCAGACACAGGAACUCCCGAUUGGCAACUGCCGACAAGCGCGUACUACAAGGUGAUUGGAUAUGCAGGAGUGCAGCGGCUAGAGGAUAUAUACGAAGGAGCUGAUCCCCAGACUUUCGUGAGACCCUGCAGUGAUGUAGCUUACGGAAUCGUCAAUACGACUCGCUUCCAACUUACGCUCUCUGGAAACGGCACUAACAGUGCCACGCUGGACUUUGAGUUGGCUGAUUUGUUCAAGCCAAUUACGACAAAGGCUGGUGCUUCGACAACUGACGAGGAUGGUCAACCACUGUGCCAGCUGCAAGUUGCGGAAGUCCCAGAGGAUGCUUCCUUUAUGAUUACAAGUGGCAGUGUCAUGAGGGCUGGAUAUUGGGUGUUCGAUCUUGACAAUGGGCAGAUAUCUGUGGGACAAGCAAAUCUUAGAGCCAACUCAUCCAACGUAGUCCAGGUUCAAGCUGGUGCAGAUGGCCUGAGUAGGGCGGCGGGAAAUGUAGCCGAGGUUCAAAAGGAUCUGGUCGAGGGUCAGAUGUCAGUUCCGGGAACUUGGCAUAUGUCAACUGCUACAAAGACUAUUGGCUACACAACAGGACCACAAAACUACCCGACUCCGACUGGUAUCACAAGGGAUGCCGACAGAUUUGUCGGUGAUGAUAGCCCCCUUUGAGCGCGAUCGAUGGAUGCUCCCUAUGGACUUGGUAAUGUUUUACGGCUCGUAUAUCGAUUGAUAGACACAGAGGCAGGAGCGUCAAGCUUAUGGAGAAGGC